AACACUCAAAAUGGCGUCAGCCGCAACAAAAUCUGCACAAACUACCCAAACAUUCAGGACAGACACAGCAAAGCCAAAGAACAAUGGUCGAUCGAGGUCCCCGAAACGUAAAAAGCAAGCUGACGAGUUGCCAAGCAUUGCUGAGCGGCUGGCGAAUCUCAGACCGUCACGAGAGUUACUGGAACACUACAGAGAGAAGAUUGCGCAGUACGAUGAGGAACAUGAGGUCCUCACCAAGAAGCUUGAUGACUGCAUGGCUCUGUGCGAGAAACAGCACAAGCUAGAAUGGCAGCUGCAGCAGAGAAGCGACGAGAUUGCGGCGUUGCAGAAGGCUCUCAGCGACAUACAGGUGCACCUGUUCCAGGAGCGGGAACACGUGCUGCGGCUGUAUGCUGACAACGACAAGCUAAGGAUUCGCGAAGCCGAGGACAGGAAGAGGAUCCAGCAGCUUCUGUCUCUCGCCGGAGCGGAAGAAGACGAAGUCACCUACCUCAUGCAGGUUCCCACGAAGAUGCCUCCGAUGCCGGAGAUGUACCCCGAUAGCCUGCGUCACCAGCUGUUGGCCGAUCAGGCAGACAAGAAGUCGACAAAGGCCAGCCGAGCAAAGAGGAACAAACGUCCCUCGUCAGUCGAUUCGGAAAAAUUCAAAUUGCAAAAUGAUACCCUAUCAUUGCAGGUGGAGGCACUGUACGCGCAGCUGGAUGAGCAGACGAGUCUGGCGCACGACCAGGUGCAGGCUCUGCUCGACGAUCGCCGCGUUCUGAUGGACGAGGCGGACGCGAUGCGAUGUCGCGACGUCGCCCAGAUCGAGGAACUCACCUCCAGGCUGCAAAAAACCGAGGGCCUACUUCACGAGAGCACCCGCGACUACCUCCAACUGAAGUACCAGGGUAGAGCCGAGGAGAGGCAGUGGAUGUCCGAGAAAGAGGUGCUGCUCAGAGAACUGGACCGAUACAGGCAAGCAGUCUCGAUCUUUGCUUUCCUCGGCACGCAGGAGCUGGAGAAGCAGCUGCGGCAGAGCAACAAGCUGUGCGAGAUGUACCGCGAGCAGUGCGUCGCGCUGGAGGACCAGCUCUGCGGCUGCCGCGAGAAGGCAGACGCUCAGGAGGUGAUGUUCAAGGCGAGAUCGGAGAAGAUCGGCGAGCGUCUGGAGCUGAUGCAGCGGCGCUACAAGGAGCUGGAACGCCGGCGCCUCCUGGAGGCGGAGGGCUUCAAGACGGACAUACGGAUGCUGCGCAGCAAGCUCAAGGACCUGGAACGACAACUGCUGAAG